CGGGCAAUAGAUGUGUAACGAGUGAGCGAUAAGAAAUCAAAACAGGAAAGAGCGCGAGUGAAUACAAAGCUAUAUGGAUGCCUACGAUUAAACGAGGUAAAAUGAAGUACAGAGAGAAAGAGAGAAAGAGGCGGGACGCAGAAAGUGAAGCGUGUUAGAGGAGGAGAAAAGAGGGGAUGGAGUUUUUCGUCUGAUGCUCCAGUUUUUCUGCUUUUUCCUGCUUCAGCAUCUUUAAAGACAGAGCAAACGCACGUGGAGGGACCCAGGUGCUCACCGGCAACAUUUUGGGUGCUGAAACACGAGGUCAGAACUUGUGGAAAAGCUGCUUACACGCAAGAAGCCCACAAAGAGAUGAUUCACAGCAGAUGAAGUUAUGUGUUUCCAUUGGCAAGACCUGACGAACACUGCUGAAUCCUAAGAAUACCAGACUUUUGGGAUUUCAAGAAGCCUGGAGGACUGAUCAGUGGCAUCAGCGCACAUCAAGAAAAAAAGAUCGGUCUUCCUCCGUCUGGCACGCCACAGAGAACCAGCAGCCCGGGUCACAGCAUGAACUCCUCCUCACUGUAACGAGCAGCAUGGAUGCUCAAAUCAACCUGUCACCGGACUACAAGCGGCUCCCCUGAUACAAGCUUCCUGCUCAUUUGCAAGGCAGCUCAUCUUGACAUUGCCAUUAACUCCACUUAUCUUAAAAUGAACUGUACCAGUCCUGAGGAAUUACAGAAGUACCAACACCAUGUGUAUGCUGUGGUGUACAGUGUGAUCUUAGCACCGGGCCUUUUGGGUAAUGUGCUGGCAUUGUGGGUGUUCAGGGUCUAUAUCAGAGAGACCAAGAAGGCUGUGGUGUUCAUGAUGAACCUGGCUGUGGCCGACCUGCUGCAGGUGCUCUCUCUGCCGCUGCGGAUCUACUAUUACCUGAAUCAUACCUGGCCCUUUGGUCAUCUUCUCUGCAUGUUCUGCUUCUAUCUCAAGUAUGUCAACAUGUACGCCUCCAUCUACUUCCUGGUUUUUGUCAGCAUACGCCGUUGCGAGCUCAUCAUGCGUCCGCUGUUGUACAACUCGGCCCGGCAAAAAGGAGACAUCUUCAUAUGUGGGAUCAUCUGGCUGGUGGUCUGCAUCGUUUGCCUGGGAUUCCCUCUGUUGAGAUAUGAACCUUCCACCGCUGUAUUAAACAGCACUUCACCGCUGUGUUUCACAGAGCUGCCUCUACGGAAACUCAACUAUGGAGCAAUGUGGGCCCUCCUAAUCUUACUAGAGUUGUUCGGCUUCUUCAUCCCCCUGGUUUUGGUGCUAGCCUGCACAUGUAUGACCAUUUGGAGCCUUCGGGAAAACACAGCAGGUGCUAUUUCUGACAGAGGGGAAAAACGAAGAGCACUGAGGAUGAUACUAAGUUGUGCUGUAGUCUUCUUAGUGUGCUUCGUACCUUACCAUGCCACUAUGCCUCUGGACCUUGUGGUCAAAGCUAAGAUACUUGCCAACUGUGAGUUCCAGGAGAUGGUUCUGCGAAGUCACCCCGUCACACUCUGCCUGGCCAGCCUGAACUGCAGCCUGGAUCCCAUCAUGUACUAUUUCACAACUGAUGAAUUCUGGAGGCGACUGAGCAAGCCGGAGAUACCAGAGGGCAUACAUUUCAACAGGCGUCUGUCCUGUAUAACUGGAGAACAGGACUUAGAGGAGGACUAGUCUGACUGAGGGCUAUGCAAACUUUGAACAUUUAUCCCAAACAAGAAUGUGAAAACACAAGAGUUUUAUAAUGUUAUUUUUUUAAUCUAUUUAUUUCUCAAUAAAUCAUUUUUUCCCCUAAA